GUGUAAAAUAAAAUCAAACAUUUUGUAUUCAUUUAAAGUAUGAUAUAAAGUAUUAAUUUUAAAAAAAAGUAACAUAAAAAUCAUAUUUUAUACCUUUAAAAAAAUAAAUAUGAAAAUAUAUGAAUUUAAUUUAUAAUUAAUAUGAAACAUCAUUAUAUAUGAAAUAUACUUCUCAUUAAAUAUAUUAAAUAUAUAAAUAUUAAUACUUUCUAACCUCGCAAUUAUUUUGUAAUUAUAUUGAUUAUAUUGAAUAAAAGCUCAUAAAAAAUGAUAACAAUAAUAAAAUAAUCAUCAUAAAAAGCAUAGAUUGCAAUACUUGUUUAAUUAUAUUAUUUUAAAAAUAAAAUAAACAAAAUACAGCAUGGACAAAUGUUUAAAACAAAUAAUGUGGGUGUCGUGGACUCUGCGAAGUCGAGCCUUGUUCUUAAAUUGUAAUAAAGUAAAAAAUAGAAUUUAUUUUAAUAAUUCACAGAAUUAUUGGAACACAUCUGCAGAAAUUUAUAGGUCGGUAAAUCUACUGCCAGUGAAAAAAAUAAUGGAUGAAUCGUCGACACUAACGUCGAAUGAUACCAAACGCAUAUUAGAUUCAAUUACUAAUGAAUGUCAAAAUAUGUCGUUGAACGAUGUCUUAAAUGUACUAUCGAUAAUAGCUGGGAUAGCCAAAGACGAAGACGAAACAUUUCAUUUUGGAGAUCACGAAGGAUUUAAACUUCUUUGCAAUCAGAUACAAGAACAAAUAAGACACAUGAACCUACGUAGUGUUAUAAAAUCUCUUAAGUUAUUGAACUUGCUAAAUACACCAUCAAAUACAAUGAUAAUGCAAAGUUUGCUACAAGUAAUAAAAAGUAAUAUAAACCAACUGGACAUCAAUCAAAUGCAUUUGUUAGCAGUAAUAUUAAAAAAAAUGGAACCAACGCCGUUAUCAUCAGCAUUACAGAUAGCAUUACCCAUGCUACUUCCAAAUAUUUUAACAAAAAAGUUUGAUUAUUCAGAUUUUAAAGAAUUGGCAUUGGCAUUGAAUUACUUGAAAUAUGUGGAUGAACGCUACAUAUUUAUUAAAAUUUAUCAAAGUAUACAAUCUGCACUAGUGAACGAUUCUAAGUCUGUUUCAGUGACAACUCUUAAAAAUAUUUUUAUUUCAUUGAGUAUGCUGUCAAAUGAAAAACAAAUCUCUAAAGAAAAUAAAAAAACCAUAAGUAUGAUACGCGAAGCGCUUUUUCAGAACAUUAAUAAAAUGACGCCAGCCGAUAUAGAAGAAUGUUUAAAGGAAAUAUCUAGAAGCAUGAUAGAUAAGGAAAUAUCUCAUAGUUAUGAUACAACGUUCAUCAAUGAAUUACUUAAUGUUGUGAUAAGUAAAAAUUUGAGUGUAAAUACUACUUACAACAUUACAAGAUAUUUAAAUAAUAUUAAUUUUGUUUAUCUACCAUUCAUAGAAUUUCUAAUAACUGAAAUAUUAAAAAAAGAAUAUAUAGAGAAAGUAGAUGCAUAUUCCUUACAAGAGAUUUUACAAAUAUUGUCUAACGCUGAAUAUCACUCAGUUCCUUGGCUUAUUCUGGAGAAUAAAUUAUUAGAAGAUAAAUUUCUAAAUGAAACUCCAGUCAAAGUAUUACUUAAAUGCGGCGUUCAUUUAGCAGCGUUAAAUAAAUUUUAUCCUAAAUUAUUGUCCAAAAUCUUUUCCGAGACAAAUAUAAAAUUAUUAUCUUCAAAUAUAGGAAAUAAUAUACAUUCUAAAAGAUUGCUUUUUUUGCAUCAAAGCGUCAAAUCAUUAUAUCCGUAUUAUUUUGGUCCUUGGCCUAAUUCAUCUAUUCUUAAAUUAACACUCAACUCGUUGGAUAUAAAAUUUACUAACACAUUAAGAAUACAUGUGGAAAAAACAAUGGGAGGUCCUGGAUAUGUGGCGAGUAACUUAAAAACAAAAUUAGGACAUAACAUUCAUCAUGCUAUAAUUUUGCGAAAAGGUGGAUAUCCCACUGCAUUUAAUGUAAAUAAUCCUAAACCUUUCUCAAAUUUUAAUUAUUACGUUGAAGAUUUGCAAUACGAACCAAACCUUAUCAUUGUACUCAUUGUAGCAUAUCCUUCCCAAUCAUAUGCUAUUAAUACACAAGAAUUAUUAGGUGUUUGGAAAUCACAAAUAAUAUGUAUAGAAAAAUGGACCGGAUAUAAAUGCAUCGCGAUAAACAUAAAUAAAUGGAUAAAUUUGCUACCACACGAAAAGAGUAAAUCUAUUAUGCAAAAAAUAAAAGAUAAAUGUUCUGAUAUUUUUGAAAUAACGUAAUAUUACCAAUGGAUUUUUUAAAGAGAAUAUUAAACAGUUUUAAUCAAGAAUAUAGAUUUCGUAUUUCUUUCACAAUACGCAUAUAAUUUAUACGAUUUUUUUGUCUCUUCGAUAAACUAUUAACUACAAAGCGUAUGUCAAAAUUAAAAAAGAAAUAUAUAUUUUUUAAUUUCUAAUAUUAAAUUUUAGUUAAGAUAUUUUUCUUUUUAUUUAUAUAUAAAGAAAAGUUAAUAUAUCGACAAGAAAUGAAGGAAGUUUGGUAAUUAGCAUAGUAAAGUUAUAGCUAAUAAUAUUUAAGGUAAAACCUAUUAUAAUAUUGUUAUACCAUUUAAGGUAUAAACAUGUUAUUAUUGGCAAAAUGUUUCUUGUAUGUACAUUGGAUACAAUUAAAAAAAAGUAAUAGAUUUAAAUCGUAUGUUGUAUAUAAUCAUCAUUUUAAUGAAAAAUGAAUAAUAUGAAAAUUUA